AUGGAGGACGUGCUGGACCUGGGCGAGGAGCGGCGUCGUGGCUCGGGCACCUCCGGGCCUAAGAUGGGGCGCCGAGCUCAGCUCGAGUCAACUCAGCUUGAGAAUCAGCUCAGUGGCAAGAGUUCCUCUUUGACUUUGAUUGGAGAGACCCCUCCUCCAAAGCCACCUCGUCGACAUGGAGGCUGGGCAGAUGAUUCCGUGAAGGUUUCAAAAUUUGGAAGGAAGAUUGCUGAAGAAAUAGAAGAUCACCGUCUCAAACAGCACAGCCUGGAUGGAGGAGAUGAUGGAGGAGACAUUCCUGUUAUCCCGGAUCUGGAAGAAGUACAGGAAGAAGACUUUGUUUUGCAGGUGGCAGCCCCUCCCAGCGUCCAGGUCAACCGGGUGAUGACCUACCGCGACCUAGACAAUGACCUUAUGAAGUACUCGGCCUUUCAGACGUUGGAUGGAGAGAUCGACCUGAAGCUCCUCACCAAAGUCCUGGCACCAGAACAUGAAGUUCGAGAGGAUGAUGUCAAGUGGAACUGGGACCAUCUGUACACUGAGGUGUCCUCCGAGCUCCUCAUGGAGUGGGACCAGCUGCAGAUGGAGAAGGAGCGGGAGGAUGCUAUGGACCAGCCCCGGCAGUCCUGA